UCAGCUGACGCGAUCACAUGACCUGUAGCAUCUGUCACAGAGAAGCUAAAUUCCUCUCUUCUUCUCCUUGAGGGGUUUUCUCUUGUUUUUCUGCACACCGGAGCUCCGUGAUGGCCGGACGCGGGAAACUGAUCGCCGUUAUCGGUGAUGAGGACACGUGCACCGGGUUCCUGCUCGGCGGGGUCGGUGAGCUCAACAAGAACCGAAAACCGAAUUUCUUAGUGGUGGAGAAGGACACGAGCAUCGCGGAGAUCGAGGAGACCUUCAAGAGCUUCUUGGCUCGUACCGACAUCGGCAUCAUCCUCAUCAACCAGUUCAUCGCCGAGAUGAUCCGCCACGCCAUCGACGGCCACAUGGAGUCGAUCCCCGCCGUGCUGGAGAUCCCGUCCAAAGAGCAUCCUUAUGACGCGUCCAAGGACUCCAUCCUGCGCCGCGCCAAGGGCAUGUUCUGCGCCGAGGACUUCCGUUAAACACACACACACACACACACACACACACACACACACACACACACACACACAGCUGUGAUUGAUGUGAGCGUCCUUGUCUUCAUGUUUGUACAGUGAUUCCAGAUUUAUCUAAAUCGUUGUUUUUCCUCUAAAUGCUUUUUUUUUUUUUUUUUUUGACCAACGUGUGAAUCGUUCCCUUUGAUGUUCAGAAACAGGAAGUAGAUCAUGUGACUCCUGGUGAUGAUUGAUGUGCAGUUUGUUCUGUCAGCUGAGAGCGACUCACGCAGGAAGCAGUUUGUGUGUUUUUUUUGUCUCUAUUAACUUAUAAAAACUCUUAACGUGUUCAAGAAAAUAAACAAUUUGUUGGUUGUGA